AUGGAAAUUAAACAAAAGAAGUCGCGUUCUUGCAGAGCUGACCAAGGAAAUUUGGCGAAUCCGGAACAACAUUUUUUACAAGACUCUGUUUCAAAAUUCUCUAGAACAAAUAAAUCGCCACAAUCUGUUACUACUAACCAAAAAUCCUCAUCAGAUACAAGGCAAAAAGUACCUAACACGUCAAAAUAUCAAUUAAAUAUUCGUAAAAACCAGCAAUGUUCUCCCGCUGAUAACCCUACACCUUCACCACCUCCCAGUGCUAACGGCGGACUACUACAAGAGUUAACCUUUGAUCAAAGCAAGGGCCAAUUUUUAUGGGCACCAGAAGGAUAUCAAGGGAACUCAAAGAAACGCCGACUAAACGGUGGCUCAUUAACAUCGUCGAAGCCCUAUGACGUAAAAGUGCCUAGACCCCCUAAUGCCUUUAUCAUAUAUCAUCGAACUAAAUCCAAGGAGCUCGCAAAAAUUAAGUCUAAAGCACGAACUGCAUCCGACGAACGUCAUCCGUCAAAAACAGUGGCAGAGAUGUGGAGAGAAGAAUCUGAAGAGGUCAAGCUACAAUAUCAAAGGGAAGCUGACCUGGCUCUUGUGGAACAUAAAAAGAAAUAUCCUUAUUAUAAAUAUAGACCAAAAAAAAAGGAUAGUAAAAAUAAAUGUAGCAUAUCGUUUUCUUCAACAGAUUCUGGAAAGGUAUCCGACUCUGAUGAAUUAAAAGAUGCCUCUCAAGUUCCUAUAGAACAUAGAAAACAGGCUUCGAUGGAAUCAGCUUUCUCUGUAUUUGAUUUACAAUCACACAACGAUCCAAAAGAGGAAAAUGAUUCAAAUUUGGCCAAUGCGAUGUUUACGAACAAAAACUCUCCAUCUCAAGCUCCUGAUUUUCCUGGUGAGCAAGCACAAAUGACCUACCAAUCUCAAUGCCCUAAUUGUAGUACACAUAACCGAGGAUCCGAACAAAAGUGGGAUUACCCACUUACUCAAGUAUCAUCCACAUCAACAAAUUUGCAAUCAGGACUUUCAAAUUCAGAUUUUGAUGCACUCUUAUAUUUAUGCCAGCAAUUCGACUUUAUACACAAUAUGGAAUUAAUGCCGCCUGCAGAUAGCCCUGUUACUCCGACCUUCUCGCCAGCAGGGAACGAAAAUUUUACAAAUUUAGAAAAUCAAUUUUCUUCCAACAUUAAUAGUAUUAAUGUUAAUGUCCCAGCAGUUCAAACUACUUCUGCGGACAUUAUGGCAAUUCCAAUGUCUUCUGACGAGACAACACAAUCGGCAACUAAUUGGAAUAAUAUUCAAAGAUAUAUUAUACCUUCUCAAUCUACUUCAAUAAUAAUGCCUCCACAAGCUCCACCACCAACGCCAACAAGCCCAGUUGAAUUUUUGUCAUGGACAUCUCUUCCUAAUACAAAUAUUGUAACAAACACCCCAUCCCAGCUUGACAAUCAACACCAAAAUCUCCAAUUGCCUGCACAAUCUAAUAAUAAUGUACAUUUAUCGUUACAAUCUCAUCAUUCUAAUUUUAUUACAUCGAACACUUCUCAAGCGGAUUAUAAUUUUCCGACAACAAACUUUAAUUUUCCAUUGUAA